AGCCGUUUGCUGAAAAAAAUAGCGCGACAAAAAGCGCCGGACGUUCGCCAUGUUGGGCGGCAAGCUCCCAGCGCCUCGACGCUCACGUUUGGUGACCGCUGACUUGUGGCAAGGCCGCCAAAACGUGGCAGCUUUGCAGGAGCUUUUGAGGCUGCAGAAGCAGGCCCAAGUCUGCUGCACAGAGGGCUUGGAGAUGAAUGAUCUAGUAGUUGUGGUCGCGAAAGAACGGCGGCACUUUGGCCGAGUUUGCUUUGUGCAAUACGCAGAACGAACAUCUAUCUCCGUGGAAGUUUUGCCGGUGCAGGACAUUCAGCUGGGUGCUUCGGACCUCUCGGUGGAGUUCCGCUUCGGUCGGAAGCGGUCUGGAGGCGGAAUCAUUCCUGAUCCGCAGGCGUUAAAGCGCUCUGAUGUGCUGAAGCUCCCAUGGCCAUCGCUCCGGAAACCACCGAAACCCAUGACGGAACAGCAUCUCAUUGAGCAGGAGUGGGACUCCCUGUCCAAGAAGCGCUUUAGCCCGGGUCGUUUGCACAGCAUUUGGCAUGACCUGGAUGGCCAGACACGUCGCCGCUACCGGCAGCUCUCAACCCGAGCGGAGGAGGUUUACCAGCAGAUGCUGCUAUCCAGAUUUCGCGUGUUCAGCGUGCUGAAGGAGCUGAUUGACUUAGCUCCAGGCCCAGCACUAAAUGGCUACUUUCUCUACAUGCAGAAAUCCAAGCAAGAGAAGACGCUGCCACCCUGGAGUGAAGCGAAGGAGGAGUUCGAUCAGCUGGCGAUGGUUGAGAACGCGAAGCUCAAAGAUCAGCAGAAGCUAUGGAUAGAGGUGUGCCUAGGCGGGGGGUGGACGCUUGAAAGAAGUGUUUUCUUCCCACGCAGCGCGCUGAAGUGCAUGCUGACGCUGCUACUUUGUCACAAGCGAAGCACAUUAUCAUGUGCCAAAGAUAUCUCUCACCAUGUCUGGCUGGAGCACAUCUUUCCUUUCAUCCCUUGCUACUGGUUUGCCAAAGUCACCUGAGCGGAGUCGAGGGCCUAUUGCAAAUUGGACGCGCGCGAAAGUGCGGCGCUCCAAGGAAAGCUGGAAAGCUAAAGAACUCAGUGGCUC